CAAUAAAACAAUUCAUACAAAGAAAAGACUUUAAUGUGGUAACAUUUUACAAUUUACUUAAAGGUUUCAAACAUUUGUUAUAAUUUUUCAAUAAUCGAUAUCUUCAUGGUGAUCAUCCAAUUUUGGGCUAUCGUCUGUUUCUUCAACGCAACUCAUGGUUUGAAACAGUGGCUGCCAUACCCCAUAGUAACAUCACCCUUCGUUUAUGAUGUUCACCAAAAACUUUCGAGUCAGGAAUUAAAAACAGACAAUGAUAAAGAAUCAGCUGAAGUAUUGACUAAAGAUAAAGAAAACUACUUCACUAGGCUGACUCCUGUAGAAAAUGAAAGUAGUAAAGAAGUAACCAAACCAACAAUAACCGAUAUCACAUAUAACUAUAGUAAUUUAGUUUUAACGACAGCGAUAAACGGAUUUCGUAAAGAAAUGUUUACUUCAAAUUUAAAUAUAAUACAAGAAGAUGACUUUAUUAAGAAAACUUUAAGUGCGACUAAAUUUCCUAAGAAGCCACACCGAGUUACUGAGCGUUAUCAGAAAUCAGAAGAUUUUUUCCAAGAUAGGGAUUUCACAAGAAGCGAAUCAGAUUCACGAGAAACAAGUACCGAGGAAAAUCAUUACAGGGUGCACACUCCCGCUCGACGCAUCUUCCGCGGACACAAAACGAAGAUCAAGCACUUUCCUUUCUUGGUGACCGUUCACGUGUUAGGCCGGUUCGUGUGUGGCGGCACUAUCAUCAAAUCCGACCUGGUCAUAACCGCCGCCAGUUGUUUGAAAAGGUGGCAAGAAUGGAUACGUCGCACCAGCACUACACCAGAAGCGACCACCACUGAUGAGACCACAACCGAUACAAUCACGACCGAUACAAUCACGACCGAUACAAUCACGAUCGAUACCGAUGCAACCAUCGCUGAUAGAACUGAAACUAUCCUUUUUGAGACCACUACAGAGACACUAAACGACAAUAAAAUAAUGAUUAACUCGGACGAAUCAGGCAAAAGCUCGAGCUACGAAACUUAUCCACCAAAGACAGUCGUCACGGAAGAAACCUCUACACCUCAAACUCUUGGUCUCCUCUCUGUUCGCAUUGGCACGAACUAUUACAGAUUAGAGGGAAAGGUGGUCCAAAUCACAAAUGUUUACUUUCACCCUUCAUACGAUGAGGAAAAUUUGCAAGACAACCUGGUCAUCAUGAGACUGGAGAGACACCUCAUCUUCGAAAGGAGGAGAGUACGCAAGAUAGAGAUCAGUACCGACGGUGAUGUGCCCGAGGGUACUGAAGUGACCAUUGCUGGUUGGGGUGCUAAGACUUACCACAACAAAAUCUUUAACGCUUUAUGGAAUUUGAUCCACAAGGCUGUCUUGACAGUCAGUCCUCAAGAAGAGUGCGUAGAUACAUAUACUGAGAACUUCGUGAGAACAACGAACUUUUGUGCGCUCAGUGAACAUCACGAGGGAGCAUGCAAUGGCGAUGGAGGUAACCCUGCGGUGGUCGAUGGGGUGCUAGUGGGUGUUGUCAGUUUUGGCCCCCCUAACUGUGGGCAAUGGGACGCUCCUACAGUCUUCACCAACGUUGGCUACUACGCAGACUGGAUUCAAGAGAUCAUGGACAUGUCCCUGGAAUCAUCAUCAUCGGAUGAAAGUACAAGCACCGAAGAAACAACAACAGAUACAACAACAGAAACGACCACCGAGUGUGCUGGUUGGAGUGGUUGGACAAGGAAACCUACCGCAACCACGGAACCUACACAUGUAGACACCACAACCACGGAACCUACUCCUGUAGACACCACAACCACGGAAUCUACACCUGUAUACUAUGAUGUUGAUGUUAGUAACAAAGACGAACAAGAUCUCGCGAACUUACGUACUUUUCGUAGGAGAAAGUUUGAAGAUGUAAAAUUAAGAAGGAGAUUAAGAGUAGUAGAGAUUGAUGAUAGUGAGGAACAUAGUACAACGAUGGUUCCAUUGGACAAUACUCUUCCGAAAAUAUCUACCUUAAGUGAAUCAGGUACAACCAUUGAAAGAAUGUUCUUACUAACGCCUAAUAGAAUUUAGAUCACACAUUUCCACACAUUUCCAAACUAUUUUCAUAAUUGAUAAGACCUUACUUUACUAACGGUUUCUAAAAUUAUAUCGUAUUACAAUCUAUAAAUUGGAAGAUAGUUUGAAGUAAUGACGACAACAAAGCAAAAAUUGAAUUAAAUGUGUUACGUAUUAAAUAAAAAACAAAUAAAAAUGAU